GAGAGCGCGCACGGAUCAGCGGAGCCGCUGUUAUCACCGUUAAUAACUGUCUACUCUCGUCACUCACGUCCCGACCACGGCGCUCCGGGGCCGGAGCAGGGCAGAGCAGAGCCGGGCAGGGCAGAGCAGAGCCGGGCUGCGGUGCAGGAGCACCGCUGGGGCCGAAACACACGCAAGUUAGUGUUGCUGCGAGGCGGUCGGCCGUGAACGCACCCCCGGCCGUGAAAGCAGCACCGGCCGUGAACGCACCACCAGGUCGCCGCUCGGCCGAGGCUCGCUGUGUAUGUGAUGGGUCCUGACGGGGGAGACCCGCCGCCCCGCCAGCCCCGAAGGUGUACCUGUGAAAGCCUUUGAUGAAGUCUCCUCGAGGAUCAGAUGGACACUGAAACGGUGACGUUUGGCUUGUGUUUAUGGUCCCUGCUCUGAGAACUCGGCCACUUCGGGAGCACAAACCUCAGAUACCUCGAGCAUCAGUUGCCGUUCCCGGGAUUUUUCAUCUCGUUGACGUUGCCAGUCCUCCGGGAAAAGUGAUGGAGACGGAGGAGAAGGAGCCGGUCUCACAGAAGCUUACGGCAGGAACUAAAGUGGAGAAGGAGGAGGAUCUCUCCUCGAGCCACGCCUGCGGGGUGUGCGGGCGCAGCUUUCCCCUGCUCAGCUCCCUGUCUCAGCACAUGAGACGACACACCCGGGAGAAGCCGUACAAGUGUCCCUACUGCGAGCACCGGACGGCUCAGAAGGGCAGUCUCAAGGUUCAUGUUCGAAGCCAUAAACUGGGGCUGUUGAGCCGUAACCUCGCCGACAAAGAGGUGGGAGAUGAGGGGCAGAAGAGUGAAGCCAACGCACAAGACAGCCCCGAGCUCAUCAGCCCGUCGGACAAGGCUCAUGCUGUCAACGGCAAAGUGAAGAAGAAAAUUGGAAAGAGGAAAAUCAAGGGUAAAGAGGGCGGAGAGGGGGGUGACGCGGCGGACUCGGGGCCGUUUUGCUGUGCCAUUUGUGGGCAGGUCUUUCCUCAGGUGUUACUCCUUAAGUCGCACAUGAAACGGCACCGCGGCUCCCAGGAUCACGGAUGCCGCAUCUGCGGACGCCGCUUCCGCCAAGCGUGGUUCCUCCAAAGUCACAUGCGCAUUCACCAGGCCAAAGCCCAGCUGCGUGGCGGCAGGGGCAACGAGCAGCCUGCCACCAUCAACGGGGCUCCUCAGGACCCGGCGGCCCUGGUAGGGGAAGAGUGCCUGUACGAGCUCUGCGCCGCAUGCGGCAACUUCUUCCACGACCGCAAGGCGCUCCGGGUUCACGAAAAGCUGCAUAAACUCAACCACGGCCGCGCUCAGAACCCGCCGCCUGAAGAGGCCCAAACCUCGGAGUGGCGCGUUGACAAGAAGCGGUUUUUGGAAAGCCUGAAUCUCACAUGCGCCAGAUCCAAGGGGACGCCGGAGGAGAGGAGUCUGGGCAGCCGGAUUCCAGAGCUGGACCCAGUUUGCAGCUACCAAACGUGGCAGUUAGCCACGCGGGGGCGGCUGGUGGAGGCCACAGAGAAGUGUCUGGGGUGGCAGGAACGGCUGGCUGACGCGGAGGUGGCGUACGACACGGAGAAGGGCGAGUACGUGCCGCUGAGGCAGGAGAAGAAGAGGAAGCAGGUCGACGCCUCCAACGCCGCGGUUAAGAAGAAAAAGGGCGACGCCGGCCUGGAGCGCACGCCCAACACCCUGAGCCACGGUAAGGCCGGGGACAAAAAGAAGGACCGCAUCCUGCUGAACGGACUGGGACACGCCUUUUACGAGGCGCUACAAACCAAGCAGGUCCAGGACGGUCACGUCUCAUCUAAAGUGAACAAGAACGGGGGCCGUCCAGAGCCGGAAGACAGGAAGUCCUACCUCUGUGAGCACUGUGAUUUCCAGACCGUUGACGCCUCGCUGCUCAGCUCUCACCAGCACGCCCGACACCCGGGCCCCCCCGGCAGGCACAGCACCGCCCUGGACCCCAUGAGCAGCAGCGGCCCCAAAGCCUCCAGAUACAUGGACUACCUCAGGAGCAGGAGCGUGUUGCUCAGCCAGCCGUACUGGAACCCCUACGUAGACCCUCCCGCUCUCCCGGCCCCGGCCCCGGCGCUGGCAGAGGCCAAGGUUAAGGUGGAGACAUCAGGCGUGGGGGGGUAUGCUGCCGUCGACGCUGCUGGUCUCCUCAAUCUCUCCUCGUCGCCCGUUGCCCCCAUCGCGGCUGAAGGUCCGGUAAAAACGGAGGGUCUGGUCCGGCACCAGUGCCCGUACUGCUCCCACACCACCAACUACCCUGAGGUGCUGUGGAUCCACCAGCGUGUUGCUCAUAGGGUCGACGGCAGCAGCUCCAUGGCCCCCAAGUGGGCCCCCAGCAUAAACAGUCUCAAGAGCUCCAAGGCGGUGGGCUCUCAGUGGCGACGGACGGGGCCGCCGCCGUUCCUGGAAGGCAAGGACUGUCCAGCUUUACCCGCCCCCCGAACGCACCGCACGCAGCCUCCCGGCGCCGCCGCCCACGGCAGCAGCAAGCACCAAGCAACCCGGUCCAAGCACCUGCCCAAGGACCCGAGUCCCUCAGACGGGACGCCGUCCGGCGGGAAGACCUACCUCCAAGCUCAGCGGAAGACUGGUGAGCCCAAACCAGCAGCGGAGGGCGGGAGUAAAGGCCCCAGCGCCCAGACGGGUUCGUCCAACAGGUCCGUGCACGCCAAGGGGCUCCACAAGCCCAGAGCACCCCAGCACCGAGGCAACGCGGCGCCCGUGGAGGGAAGCUUCCCCCAGGAGGGUCUGGGUUUCAUACUGGCACGGAACCACGGGGGAGCUCCGUCCAACGCCGCCGCAGACAGACUGCACCCGCGCAGGCAGGCGGCCGACUUCCCCUCAGCGCCCAAGGGUUCGGAUCUUUGGGCCGCCAUGAACAUGUGGAGGCUGCACGGCGGGAAAGCUUACGUGGACCCGCUCCUCUUUGCUCAGGGAAAGACUGACUCGGCAGGGGAAGUGCCGGUGGACUUUGAUGUUUUGAGUCUCCUGAAGAAUUACAGUCCCCACGAUCUGGCUGCUCUGUAUCAGCACUGGGGCUUCGUUGAUCCCAGGCUCGGCCCACAAGCCGUGCUGCAGGUGAACGGAAGCUUUGCAAGUGAAGUCCGAUCCUCCUCAGAAGCGUCCAAACAAAUGAGCAGCCGCUCCUCCACAUCCUCAGGGUCUCUCCACAAAGGAACGUGAGGAGCAGCGGAUUCCCCGGCGGUCCCGGCUCGCACAAUCUUAACUGUUGAACGAAGCAGCCUGUUGUUGGAGAAGGCGGCCGUGACUGAGGAGGCGCCGGACGAUGCGCGGCGUACGCAGCGAGGCAGCGGUGACCUCAUUAACACGUCGGCGCGCGCCUCUCGUCUCUUUCCAGUGUAGAUACGUUAGCUAAUGAAACACAGCCAUAGGUUUGGAAAUGUUUCUUGGAGACGAGGCAGAAUAAAUGUAAAAAAAUGAUGUUUUAGUGCCACACUCCGGGUGGACAUGAAAUGUGAGGCCGCAGCGGAGCGGCGAGGAGAAGAGAGCGUCAAACCCCCAAAUACCAAAUGUUAUAGAGGCUCGAGCUUCAGAAACAAAGCCAUCAUCCAAGUGUGCUAUUACCGUCUGUACAUCAAAUCCUUGAGUUUGUAGGUUCUGUUUAUGGUUUUCUUUUGUGAACAGUAUUAUUUUUGUCUACACGUGCACGAUCCUGAGAUGCACGGCGGCUAGAGAACUCACCAGCGUGGACUUGUCCGGCUGCGUCCUCCACGGACGUAGCUGCGUUUGCAGGACGUCUUUAAUUGUAUCUAACAGUAGAUAAAGUCUGGACUCUCAGGUCGGUACCAAGUUUGACUGACCCGGAGGCCCAGAAAUGAAAAAUAGCUGACAUUAGUGCCAAUAAGUGUAGCUGGUCUGUUGAAAAGUCAGAAAAAAAAACCCUGCUGCAGAAAUGAAAACGGGACAUUCAGUAUUUGGCCCGUAGUUUCGGUCCCGUCUCUACCGUGAACGUUCGACGGCGUGCUCGUGAUGUAACAGUUUAUCUUGUUCUGUCCAAGUAGGAACUGUAGUGAUGAUUUAUACCGAUGUGGCACUUCAGCGUUUGAUGGCUCGUCUCAUCCCCACCUGAUUUCACGUUGUUCGUGUGCAGCUUUGUUUAGUAUGUUUGUGUUAUACUUGGUGUCCAGUGUUCACUUCCCCCCUCAGGAAUAAUCCAGGUCACCCGACAAAAAGCCAUCAGGUUCUCGGGAGGAUCCAGAGAAUACGUCUCGACUGUGAUCUGUGUAGUUUCUUUCUGUCUUUCUUUUCUUUAAUGAUGUAAAAUAUAGUUUAAUUAAAUGGGUUUUUUGUUUUCUAAGGGUGGAAUAUAAACACUCUUGAGUACUUGAUAUCUGUAGUUAGAAAACGUUAAUAAAAUGAAUUUUUCUGUAACACUUAAGGUGGAACUGCAGAGUUCCCGGGGACACGUGCUCCUGCAGCAGGUAUCAUUCAAGCUGUUAUUACAUUUUACAGCAAUUUCCUGUUAAUAUGCAAAUGAGGACAGUUGGACAGGAAGCAGCCGCUGACAGCCAGGCGGAGGUUUUUAUGCAAGCCCGAACUUUUAUGCAAACUUUAAAGUUGAACAUUUUUGUGACAAUGUAGUUGAUGAAUAUGUUGCUAUCAGAAUUUAUAUUUUCACCAAGUCUAUAGUUUGACUGUAAAAUGGUUCAAAUAAAGUUGGUUGAUGUUGA